AAAUAAAUAAUAUAAAAGCUUAAGAAAUAAAAAAAAAAACUAAUUGACUUUCCCUUUGUUCUGCACUAAGGUAUUAACUUAGCUACCACAGAAAAUCUACCAGCCGUACUGUAACCAUGGCGACAGGAACACAGGAUUCUCCCUGCACACCAUACGAGUUGCUGGAUAUCAUCACCAGUCCUAGUGGCGGUUUAUGCAUGAUGCCCUCCGACUCUUACAAUGAAGUUUUCCCUAACAUCUACAUAGGAGAGGAAUCAAUCGCAAAGAACAGAGUUGGCUUGAAGAGACUUGGCAUUACCCACAUACUGAACGCAGCGGAGGGGGAAACCGCCUUCCAUGUCAACACCAACUUCGAUAUGUUUAAACGUGUUGAUAUCGACUACUACGGGAUCCAGGCAAUGGACCAAAUGAAUUUCCAAUUGACACCAUACUUUGAUAAAUCAGCGGAGUUCAUCCAGAAGGCUAUAGAUUCUGGAGGAAAAGUGAUGGUGAACUGUAAGGUCGGAGCAAGUAGGUCAGCAACACUAGUUCUGGUGUAUCUGAUGAUCAAACAUCACUUAACAAUCCAGGACGCAACACGAUUGGUCAGGACUAAACGAGAAAUUUGUCCAAAUGACGGCUUUCUGCAACAGCUGUGUGAUUUCAAUGAGAAAUUGAAGAAGGCAGGACAUUUUAUACACAACCAGGAUGAAGCCUCUGCUAAUGUGGAAAGUGAACAUGUAAAGAGAGAAGAAGAUGGAAAAGGACCUCAUUGUGUCGACAGUGUGUGACACUAUCAUUGUAUGGUUACAUACAAACUGUCCCCAAGGUGUCGACAGUGUGUGACACUAUCAUUGUAUGGUUACAUACAAACUGUCCUCAAGGUGUCGACAGUGUGUGACACUAACAUUGUAUGUUAUAUACAAACUGUCCUCAAGGUGUCGACAGUGUGUGACACUAUCAUUGCAUGGUUAUAUACAAACUGUCCCCAAGGUGUCGACAGUGUGUGACACUAUCAUUGCAUGGUUAUAUACAAACUGUCAUCAAGGUGUCAAGACAGUGUGUGACACUAUCAUUGUAUGGUUGUAUACAAACUGUCAUCAAGGUGUCGACAGUGUGUGACACUUAUCAUUGUAUGGUUACAUACAAACUGUCAAGGUGUCAACAGUGUGUGACACUAUCAUUGCAUGGUUAUAUACAAACUGUCCUCAAGGUGUCGACAGUGUGUGACACUUAUCAUUGUAUGUUACAUACAAACUGUCCCCAAGGUGUCGACAGUGUGUGACACUUAUCAUUGUAUGGUUACAUACAAACUGUCCCCAAGGUGUCGACAGUGUGUGACACUAUCAUUGCAUGGUUAUAUACAAACUGUCCUCAAGGUGUCGACAGUGUGUGACACUAUCAUUGUAUGGUUACAUACAAACUGUCCUCAAGGUGUCAACAGUGUGUGACACUAUCAUUGUAUGGUUAUAUACAAA